AUGCCUUGGGGCUGGUCUUGGGGUGGGCCAGGGUUGGGUCCUGGAUUGAGGUCAGGGUUGGGUUCAGGUGUGUGCCUGCAGUGGGUCCUGGUGUUGGUCCAGGUGUUGGACCUGGUGUGCGUCGGGCCAGUUGUUGGGUAUGGAGUUGGUCGAGGUUUGAAAUCUGGAGAGGGGCUUGGAAGGCAUCCGGGCAUUGGCCCAGGCGGGGGCCUGGAAAUGGCCAAUGGGUAUGUCCUGGAUUGGGGCCGGCCAUCGGUCCAGGAGAAGGACCUGGAUGGUGCUGAUGGCCAAGAGCACUAG